GAGAUCAUGGCCAGUGGUCAAGCACACCCCCCGUUUGAAGUGCAGAGCCCCCAGCUUAGUACAACAGUGCCGUCCCCGCAGGUGGUGGUGGAUGAUGAAGUGCCAGGACCGUCAGCCCCCUGGGUAGAUCCCAGCCCCUGGCCUCAAUCCCUUGGCCUCAAAAGGAGGAGGGAAUGGUCAGACGAAUCGGAAUGGUCAGACGAAUCCAAGGAGGAGACGGAGGAGGAGCUGAACUUGGAGCGCAGCCCUGAACCCAAGGACACCUGGGUGGUGGAGACCCUGUCUGAAGAUGGGCUCAAGAUGAGGCUGAAGAGAAAGCGAGCGUCUUCCGUACUCCCUGAGCACCACGAGGCCUUCAACAGGCUGCUGGAGGAUCCUGUCAUUCGAAAAUUCCUGGCCUGGGACAAAGAUCUGAGGGUUUCCGACAAGUAUCUCCUGUCGAUGGUCAUAGCGUAUUUUAGCCGUGCCGGCCUCUUCUCAUGGCAAUACCGACGCAUUCAUUUCUUCCUGGCUCUCUACCUGGCCAGUGACAUGGAGGAGGACAACCAGGCCCCCAAACAAGACAUCUUCUCCUUCCUCUAUGGGAAGGACCACUCCCAGAGACCCUUGUUCCAUAAGCUUCGAUACCAGUUCCUCUGUUCCAUGCGCUGGAGGACAUGGGUUUCCCCAGAGGAGAUGGAGGAGAUCCAGGCUUAUGACCCAGAGCACUGGGUGUGGGCCCGAGAUCGCACCCUCAUUUCCUAGAGCCCCAGGGACAUGGAGGCCUGAGGUCAUCGGCCUGAGAGAAG